AUGGGCAACACCAACAGUAACACCCCUCCGGACCAACACCAACGGCAACUGAACUACUCUUUCAACCACCUUCGACAACACCACACCACGCCCCCUCCUCCCACCUAUCGCCCACGACAACCUCUCUCUCGCCCAGCAUACCGACGAAUAACCCCUUCUCCACGUCCAUUACGCCCACACACCACCACCAGGACCAACAACCGCGGCAUCACACGGCUCCAACCCCCGCCAGAACGCCCUCACUCUCCACUGCCGCCGCUCCCACUCCCACCAUCCCCACAAGACAUCCCCAGACCAGUAACACCAUGGACUCCCAAUACCAGAGCCAUACAGUUCGCGAAAGCGCCACCCUAUCAACCAUCAAUCCGACGACACAUUUUUGGACCAUCCUUCGGCCCGCCAACCACCAACCCCUUCCACAAGCCAACAGACCAAAUGGUUAGGCAAACACGACAACAACAACGCCUCCGACAACGAGCCCGCCGACGAGAAUCAGUCACCACCAGACGUCAACGCAUCGCGUCCCUGUUCAAACUACCCGACUCAAAAAGCAAACGCCGCCCAAAAAUCCCAGGAGUGAAACUCGGCACUUACAACAUGCAAGAUGGCCGCAACACACGUCUCCUACAACUGGCUCGCAACCUUGAACAACAAAAUGUCGACAUUCUCAUUGCCACCGAAGCCAAAAUACCAAAUGACAUUCAUACUCGUCACGCUUGUGGCUUUGACAUCUUUUGCACUUACACGACAACCAAAAACCAAGGCGGACUUGCACUCUUCUACAGAACGGACCCUGCACCCGCCAACUGGCACCUAGAAUCACUCCGCCGCCAUGGCCCCAACGUCCUCUCUGCAAUCCUAGUUUCCGCGGACCAAGUCACUCCGAUCAUUGGAGCAUAUCUCCCGCCCUCCCACCUGGAUGACCUACCUUACCUGACAGAAGCUUUCGAACGAUUCCCAACUCAACAACCACUUCUCCUUGGAGACCUCAACGCGGACCUCUCCAACUUGCGGGCUCCACGAACUGCCGAAGUCUUCAAAGCUCUCGCCCCGUACUCCUUGGAGGACCAUCUCCUACACUUCAAACAGCGCAAGAAACAUUCAGAUUACACCACCUGGUACCAAUAUCGCAGCACCACUGACAAAACCUACCGCUCACGCUGCGACUACAUUCUCGGCCCAGACCGCCGGCUCUUCCAAUGGAUUACAAUCAAAAAUCCGCGUUACUUUACAUCUGACCACCACAUGCUUCUCUCUUGGUACCGCACCUGCCCAGCGAAAUCCCAUAAAGCUUACCUGAACGGCCGUCGCAAGUUCCCACUGACACUCCCAAAAAUUGGCCCUCUUACCCAUGCUGACACCCUUUACGAACGAGUCCUCGCAGCCUGCCCCCAACCAGAACUCCAAACCAAAAAACGGCCCCAAUGGCUAGCACCUGAUACACUGAAAUCCAUGGACACCCGCUGCGCCCUCCGACGUAACCCAAAACAUGACAAAACCAAAGCCAGACAACUCACCCGUGAAAUCAAUCGCCUAAUCAAGCGAGACCGCAAACGUCGCACGGAAGAAGCUGGCCAGCGCAUUCAAAGCCACCUUGAAGGCCCCACCAAGAACCUCCAAGCCUCCUACGGCGAACUGAAACGCUGGUACCGCCACCUGGGAGAUCGCCCACCGAAACCAUCCCGACAGGACCUACAACAAAUUGCCUCUGACUUUACUGCCCUCUACAAAGCGGAAGAACCCACUCCUCCAGGCGAACCCAUACCCAUCCACGUUCAGCCUGCGGCCAUUGAUGACUCCAUCCCUACAGCAGAUGAAAUCAAAGAAGCAACAAUGAAAUUGAGAAAUCAUCGAGCGGCGGGCCACUCCAAGCUUACCGCCGACACGUUCAAAAAGUGGAUCCGACUAGCCUACCCCGAGGAAUACCACCGAUCCCAGAAAGACCCACCGCCCCCGGCCGAUACAACGAACUGGGACCUCCUCGUUGAGCUCACUCAACACAUCUUUCGAACAGGUGAAAUUCCCACCAAACUCACCUGGCAACUCCUGGCCGUCCUCCCCAAACCUGAUGGCGGCACUCGCGGCAUCGGCCUUAUCGAACACGCUUGGAAGAUCUGCGAGAAAAUCAUUCAACUUCGCAAAUAUGGCGUCGGAAAACGCUGCAUCCGCCUCCUCCGAGCGUGGUGGACCCACCAGCAAAUCGUGCCUCGCCAAAAUGGCUUCCACGGCCCAGCAUUUCGCCCCACCCGAGGCGUCACCCAAGGCGGCAUCCCUUCCCCAGACUUCUUCAACAUCCUGGUCGACGCUAUUAUCCGAGAAUGGCUUCAGACCAUUGUCGAUGAUACUGGCCGCGUAGUUAAAGAAGGAUUUGGACGCGCGAUCGCCGACCGGCUCACCAGCUUCUACGCCGACGACGGUUUGUUAGCCUCCACGGAUGCUGCAUGGCUGCAAGGAGCGCUAGACGUAUUAGUGGACCUCUUCCGCCGAUGCGGACUACGAACUAACGUCAACAAGACGAAGACGAUGAUCUGCUACCCUGGAGCCCGUCACGUUGAGAUCUCUCCUUAUGCAUACAAGCGCCGCAUGACUGGCGAAGGUCUCACUGUCAGAGAAAAGAAACGCCGUCGCACAACGUGCCCGGAAUGCAACAAGUCCCUCUCCGAGGGAGCCCUCCGCCGCCACCUCCAAUCACAACACCACAUCGAGACUCUCCCAGCGGCACCACUGCCCCAACACCCGGAGCCUCAACAAUAUACAAUGAAAUGGCCUAAGGCCAACAGGAAAUGCCCCUGUCCAGUAAUGGACUGCCCCGGUAUUCUCUCUUCCUAUGCUGGCCUCCGCAUUCAUUUUAUGAGAAAACACCCCCAAGACACCAUCUGCAUCCGAGACGAAGGAUCCCAACCCCUUCCACGCUGCCGUCUAUGUGGCAUGCAUGUCACUUACCAGGCACUUAACACUACCCACCCGAGCUCCCACCUUUGUAUUGAGGGCCAACAACGAAAACUCCGACGCCAAAACCUGGAAGCUGUCCGGAAAUCCAGAGAAGUUGUCUUCACUGCCUUGAACCAACCAAUCGAAACCGUCACUUCCUUUCGAUACCUUGGUCGGAUCCUAUCCGCCAACAACAACGACUGGCCAGCUGUUCACAAAAAUAUAAUCAAAGCCCGCCAAAAAUGGGCCCACAUCUCUCGUCCCCUACU